AAGCGGCAGCAAUGACGGAUGAGGAGAGAAACAGUGAUUCAAAUGAACUAAAGAGACAUCCUAUAUAUGAAUUUGCACCGCCGCUCUGCGUGUUUGUCUUCGAGGGACAUAUGGUCCUGCAGAGGCAGAUUUGACUGAGGACGGAGCGUCUAUUGUCCCUGAAUCCACAGACUCAGGCACCAGCAGCCUCCCUCAUCUCCAAUCAGACCAGUGAAGUGCUACCUCCAAUCCAGCUGAGAUGGCUCCCACGCUGGCUACGGCCUUCUCACGCCGCUGGUGGAUGGCGGUGACGGCGGUCAUUGAAAACCUGCUUUUCUCUGCUGUGCUGCUCGGCUGGGGAUCCCUGCUCAUCAUGCUCAAGUCUGAGGGCUUUUACUCCUACCUGUGCCACGGACAGGAAAACAGCUCGAGCCUCUCCAACACGUCCACAUCAAAUCCCUCUGAGGAGAACCUGCAGAUGAAUGGCUGGCCCAUCUGCAAGGACCAGGAUGAGAUGUUGAACCUGGCCUUCACUGUGGGCUCCUUCCUACUGUCCGCCAUCACCCUGCCCAUGGGCAUUGUCAUGGACAAAUACGGUCCAAGGAAGCUGCGACUUUUGGGCAGUGCCUGCUUUGCUUUCUCCUGCCUCCUCAUUGCCUACGGUGCCAGUGAUCCCAACAAUCUGUCCAUCCUGAUCUUCUUUGCUUUGGCAAUGAAUGGGUUUGGAGGCAUGUGCAUGACCUUCACUUCUCUGACGCUCCCCAACAUGUUUGGUGACCUGAGGUCGACCUUCAUCGCUCUGAUGAUUGGAUCCUAUGCCUCCUCUGCUGUCACUUUCCCAGGCAUCAAGGUGAUCUAUGAUCUGGGUGCCACCUUCAUCACCAUCUUGAUGGUUUGGGCUGGCUGUGCCUGCCUUGUCUUCCUCAACUGUUUUGUCAACUGGCCUCUGGAGCCCUUCCCCGGCCCCGAGGACAUGGACUUCACAGUGAAGAUCAAGUUCAGCUGGCUGGGCUUUGACCACAAGAUUACAGGAAAGCAGUUUUAUCGACAGGUGACCACGGUGGGGCGCCGUCUUAGUGUUGGGAACUCCAUAAAGCAGCACCACCAGCCCCCCAAAGACCUCGCCACGCAGGAGGCCAACAAGCUCUGCCUGUCCACCGUGGACCUGGAAGUGAAGUGCAACAACAGGGAGGAGACUCAGUCCUUCAUGAAGAGUAUCUUCAGUCCCAUCUUCUUGCUGAGCCUCAUCACCAUGUGUGUGACCCAGCUUCGCCUUAUCUUCUACAUGGGAGCCAUGAACACCAUCCUGGAGUCCCUGACAGAGGGAGACCUCAGUACAGUGAGUGUCUACACAUCCAUCUUUGGCGUGCUCCAACUUUUGUGUCUGGUCACCUCUCCUGUGAUUGGCUACGUCAUGGACUGGAGACUCAAAGACUGCGAGGAUGAGAACGACAAGAGUGUCAAGAGGGAGCCUGGUCAGCCCCGUCGCCCUGACAGACAGAUUCAGAAGAUCAUCAACGCCACCAGAGCCUUUAUCUUCACCAACCUACUCCUUGUUGGCUUUGGAAUCACCUGCAUCAUCCCCAGCCUGCCCCUUCAGAUUCUGUCCUUUAUCCUGCACACUAUUGUCAGAGGGUUCAUCCACUCUGCUGUUGGAGGCCUUUAUGCUGCUGUGUACCCGUCCUCUCAGUUUGGCAGCCUGACAGGCAUGCAGUCCCUGAUCAGCGCUCUGUUUGCCCUGCUCCAACAGCCUCUCUUUAUGGCCAUGGUGGGACCCCUGGAGGGAGACCCUCUCUGGGUAAAUGUGGGCCUGUUGGUGCUGAGCAUGCUUGGAUUCUGCCUGCCUUUGUACCUGCUGUGCCACAGCCGGCACCUCCAGCGCCUCAGGGACGAGCGUGACGAGGAUCCCAAGAUCUAUGUGCAGAUCAACAAUGGCAGCAAGUCCGAGGCCUUCAUCUAGACCAGGAUGAAGGAGGGAGAGACUGAUGAUCGUUUAAAAACUGGAUAGGACGGGCUACACUACAGACGGUAGAGGACAGAGAGAAGAAACAAGUCUUAUCCUCCCCGAUGCCACAGCACCUCUCUCAGUUCAUCUGCAUUCAGACAACCCACAAACCUCUCUCAUUCCCCUCAAACACUUUCGCUCAUACCAUUUCACUGCCAAUCAUUUGUGGUCAGAUAUGACUGCACACCACCCUCAAGUUUCACCCACUCUCAUACUAUACACUGUGAGAAUCAUGACACACACACUCACACACUGACUCCAUCCCUGAACUGAGGAGUAAACAGACUAAUGGGAGAAAAAAGAAGUUGUGGACUUUUUAAAUAUUUCCAUUACAUUCUUCUUUUCUUCACUCUUGUCAUUUUUAUUUCUCCCUGAUGUCACUGAGUGGCAAGUUCUACUUAAAUAAACAUAGAAGAAGAAGAAGAAGAAGAUGCCAGCAAGUGGAAAGCCACAGUGAGGAGAUUUUGCAGAAGAUAAAGGUUUCAAAAAUUCUCAGUGACAGUGUUUAAAGUCACCUCUCAGAAACUGACUGUGGUGCUGCGAACAGGCACGGCAGUAACCAAGAUGACCUUUACUUUCUGAUCGGUCCAUGUUUGUCUGAGGUGGCGUUCACCCAGUAAACGGUCAUCUCCCUCUGACAGCACAAGCAAGUGGCGCCCUUGGUCGUGGCAUCUCUGCUUCCUCUUGUGCAUGAGGGCAUUAACCCGAAUCCACACACAGCAGUAUUGGUAGCAGUUGGGAUUUAAACAAGUAGUAUGACGGCUUUUUAAGUUAGUGAAGAAAACAACGCAGAAAACGCGUCUUGUGUGUUGCAUCAUGCAGUGUGAUUAAAAACUGCUCUGCUGGGUAAGAUAGACUGCACUGCACGAUGCCGGAGACAGCGCUGGUCCUAUAUUACUGUUUCAUUUAGUAGUUAGUGCAGGAAAACACACUCAACUUGCCAUGUUGGGCCAUUUUUUUUUGUUUUGUUUUACUUAUGAAUUCUUUUUGUGUGUUUGGAAUAUGUACUCGCUUUUUAAUGUAUUUCAGUAUGAUCACAGAUGUGUUGUUAAAUCAUUGUUUGUGACAAUGUGGAGGAGGGAAUUUGUUUAGAAUUGGGAGACACGACAAAGAUUUUAGAUAAGGUGUGUUUUCAAAGGUGGGAUUGGCGUAGAGAUGAAGCCUCUGCGUUAUUAUACUCACUUCACACAUAGUCUCGAUUUGUUGUAGCAAUAAGUGCUUCUGUGAGGUGCUGGGCAACAUGAUGACACACAGUCAGAUAAAGACAGGCAAACAUGUACAUUUUAUGGACUGUGUUUCUAAAUGAAAAAGGUGCUAGUUGAAUUACAGAAAUGUGUUUUUUGCAUUUUACUUUAAGGCUCAGUUGGAGUAAUUUUAUCAACAAAUUGCCAAAUUUCUCACAAAAGCUGUUUCUUUUUCUGGUGAAUUCCAAAGAGGCUAUCAAGUUACCAUUUCAAGUGACUACCGUACUUUGCUUUUGGUUUCUUAUUGGUUUUGUGGUAAUUCUGCACCAAAAGAAAAAAAAUGAAACCACAGUGGCGGCCCUGGAAACCUUAUAUUCACUUCUUAAGGACAUGAAGGGAGAUUAAGUGGCAGGCUGAUAGAGGCGCAUUCCCCCAGCUUCAAUAAAGACUCUUUGAAAGUCCAGAGCAGAAGUACACAGUGUGUAGAGAAUGAAAUGGGGGAUAGUAACUGCUGUUUGAUUCAACCUGCUGUCUUCAAAUGCCAUAUAGAGAAGCUCCUCAGAGAAGCCUCACAGAGGCACUUCCAAAGACAGCCAUGACCUUUCAGAGUGCCUCACUAUGUGUACAGAUGAUGGGAGGAGUGGAUCCUGACAGGAUGUGGUGCACCCAGUCCCUCUCCCCCUCCAUCUAUCCAUCCAACACUUUCAUCCACCCAUCCGACUGCAAAACUCGUCUUGAAAUGUUUACUGAUGACAUGUGACAGAGCUGAGAGACAAGCCUCUGCUGCCAUCAUUUGCUCCCAGUGAAUGACGAAGUGAGAAAUGAGUGGCACCUGAUGCACUUUAGACCUCUAGAAAUGGACCUCAGUCAUGUGUUUUUGAAUGGCCUGCCCACACUGUAACAUACACACAUUGCAUGGAUGCUCACUGGUGGUGCAUGACGCAAAAAGAAUGUAUACUCUGAACUUCAGAUGCAGAUUUUUAAUUCAGGACAUGGGAAUGAAAAGAUGCUCUUAUUUUUUAUAUUCACAGAAGAUGUUGCUUCACAUGUUCAUUAUAUUGCCUUUAUGUGUGCAAACAGUGUGGCACAGUCUUGUCUCUCAGUUCUCUCUUAAGCGUGGACAUACCAAUCACAACUGUUCCCAUGUUCAUGUUUAUUAAAUAUUUACACAUAGGUUUGUUCCUUGUAAAAGAGCAAAGAGAAUUGUAUGGAGUAGAACUGGUGCAGUAAUUAACCAAAUUUAACUCAACGACAAAUGUGAAUACACUUCCUGUAUAGAAAACUAAACACGUUUGUACAUUUCUAUGUUCAAAUUGAGUUUUGUCCAAUGCACAUCAGACAGACCUCUGAAAGUUAUGCAUUCCCACACAGUUGCAGCACAUUUAUUUAAAAUUGGUCACAGGAUUUUGUCAAAGUCCUCACUGGGGUCUAUGACAAAACAUUGGAUUUUAAAUAAAUUGAGACGGAUAAUGUACAUUCAUUAAUUUCUUAAGCUGGAUGUAAUUCUCUGUCUGGGCAAAAAGCUGGAGAGCCAACCGGAAUGUUCAUUUGUGAAUCUCUAUUGAUAUUUAAUACAUACAAACCCAGGAUGACACUCUGAUUGCUUUUGCACUAUUAUUCGUUGGAAGCUGGGGGGAAAAUUCUCUUAAACUUAAAGUCAUACUCCUGCGUUUUCACAAGUGUUGUUUCUAAAAACCUUUAGAGAGACAACAAUGUGAAUUUAUGCAUAGAAAUGUACAAAUGUGCUUUUAUUUGCAGUGCACAAUUGUUUAAUUAAGUGUGAAAUUUUUUGCUUCCAAUUCACAAAACUUUAUUCACAUUUGUCAUUCUUUGAUUGAUAUACUCUGAUGCAGUACUUUACUCCAGCUCUAUGAAUGUGAGUAAUGGUGGACACUGAUUUUUCAUUUGUCUGGUAACCCCAUCCUGAACUCACUCUGUCUGGCUUAACAUAAAAAUGGCUCAUUUACAGAAUGUUUUCACAAACAUCUAUGAACUGAAGACACGUGUAACAUCAUGGUAACUGAGCCUGGGUGUUUGAGUAAUGGGUUAUCAGGUGAAACCUUCAUUCCAUCCAAAUGGGAACCUAAUCAGCACUUUCCUUCACGGCCAUACCUUACACUACUCACACUAUCCUCCAUACUAUCACCCUCACAGUCUCACCCCAAACUUCUAGGAGAGGGAUUCUACAGUAUAUUGAUUUAUUGAUUAAUGAUUUAUUCCCCUCAGAUGAAUCCAGGCUUUUGUUGUGGGUGUUUUUGUGUGUGAUAAUUGGAAGUGGGGGUUUCAACUGGAGCACAGGCGCCUUGUUUUCUUCCCCUCGCAUGUAGACUACCUUUUCUAUUUUUUCUAUCUGCCAUGCUCCAGUUUAGUUUAGUUGUCUUUUAGUAAGCCUUUAUUUCUCCAAGAGUUUACAAGAAUGUGUAUUUUCAUGGUCUGAUAUUGUAUAUUUGAUUUCCUUUUUGUCUUGUACCACAUUAUAGCCAUUGUCAUUGACAUUUCAAGUCAUGCUGUUUCAACUGAAAGAAAAAAAAUAGAUCAAUAUAUGAAGCAAAAUAAACACAAUAAUUUGUA